AUGGACCAACCUGACGGUUUUGAAGAUGAAGGAAGCCCGAAAAAGAAGUGUUUGCUGCAGAAGGCGCUAUACGGGAUGAAGCAAGCGGCGCGGCAGUGGAAAAAUAAGUUGAGUCAGCACUUGGAUGAUCAAGGGUUCAAGAGCAGUGCAGCGGACCCGUGUGUGUUCGUUCGAGUGACAAGAGAGGAGUACAGCAUCAUCGUGAUCUACGUGGACGACUUAAUGCUUUUCUGCAAGACGAAGGGGCACAUCGCAAGUAUCAAGAACUCAUUGAUGGAAGAUUUCAGCAUUAAAGAUCUUGGAGAUCUCAAGUACUGCCUAGGGAUCGAGAUUCAUCGCAAGCGCGAAGAUGGAACGAUCAAGAUGAACCAGAAGGCGUACAUCAAGCGACUUUCGGAGAAGUUCGGCGUUGAAAACUGCAAGGACGUGCACACGCCGGUGGACAGUAACUCGAAGCUGAUCAAGAUGGGUCAAGAGGAAGCGUUUGUACCAAAGUACCCAUACCGUGAGGUGGUGGACGCUUUAAUGUACAUCGCCACAUGUACACGACCGGACAUUGCGCAUGCGGUUGGCGAAGUUGCGAAGUUUUGCGAUUGCUACGACAAGUCGCAUUGGACAGCAGCAAAGUGGAUUCUCGAGUAUCUCAAGACGACUCAAGACUUAAGCAUCGUGUUCAGCGGCAUCAACAAGGGAGAGCUGAUUGGAUUCGCGGGUGCAAACUGGGCUGGCGACCUCGACACGGCGUUCGACAACAGGAUACGUUUUCUUCUUGAACGGAAGCGUGAUAUCGUGGAGUUCGAAGCGUCAACCAACGGUCGCGACCUCAAGUACUGA